UGUUAUUAGUUUAAUAUUAAUGUCACUAAGCGGGGAACAACGUGUUCUGGUGAAUACAUAUUUAGAGGUGUUACGGUAAAAUCAGUCCGUCCCCGGAACACACUGCGUUCAAAGCCGUGGUUCAGUCACGGAAGAACGGACUGUAAACAUGACGAGUUUCGCCACUAAAGUCUUUUGCAGGGUGGAGAGGUUGUGCCAGCACCUGCCUGUGGCUCUCAACACUUUUCUGGUAUUCUCAAUCACCGGGGAGGUGAGCUACCUGGUACUGGUCGAGGCUCCUCUGGAGCCGGACCAGAAGAAGACGCAGUGGUCUGCCUGGUGGAAGGUGCUUCACUUCCUGGCCCAGUACUUCAUGCUGGGAAACAUCUGCUGGAACGCCCUUCUCUUCCUCAAAACCAGUCCUAGUAUCAAGGGGGUUUUCCUGGGAGGAGAUGGCUUAGGCCAAGGCUGGAGGUACUGUUACACAUGUGAGACACACACGCCUCCUCGCUGCUCACACUGCUAUGAUUGCAAAGUGUGCGUGCUGCGGAGGGAUCACCACUGUGUCUUCUUUGGCCAGUGCGUGGGCUUCCGUAACUACCGCUUCUUCUUGAGUUGUUUGCUGUUCAUGUGGUCUGGGCUUCUGUAUGCCACACUGAUGAACGCUGAGGUUUUCAUUGUCAUCCUGAAGGAGGGAGUCACUGUGCACAGCAUCCUGCUCCUGCUCAUACCCUGGAUCAUGCUUGUAUCAGGUCAGGUCUCUGCUCGGGCCUUUGCCUUUGCCUUCAUUGCUGACACUUGUGUGGUGGGCUUCCUGCUGGUGUCUGCAUUCUUCUUCUUUCAUCUCUUCCUGUUGAUUCGGGGACAGACCACCAGGGAGUGGUACUCCUCCCGCCAACCCUACAGCCUGGGGCUUCUGGGCAACCUGCGUCACACCCUGGGUUGUCGGUGGUACAUCUGUUGGCUCUGCCCUCUCAUCCCAUCACCUCUGCCUGGAGAUGGGAUUCAUUUCCAGGUCACAGGAUCACUAGAACCCACGCGGUAACAGAUUACAGGUUUCUAAAUAAUGACAGGCCAUGUGUCCUUUGAGGUAAUGGUAAUGUUGUUGAAAUGCCUUGAAUUGGUGAAAUAGCCUUGAAUGGAAGGAAACUAGACUAUGGUAAUGUGUGCUUUGUAAAGUCCUAGCUGUAUUUGCUGCCUACCAGUAUGCUGUACUGUUUCCCUGAGGAUUUAUGAAUUUCUUGGAUUGAAGGGUACAUUAAUUUUGACCCCUUGGUAUUCUGUCUUGUUGGUUGAGGCUGGCCUCAAGUUCCUUUCAAAUAGUGUGCACUAACAUCAGCACUAAAUGGUAGUACACCACACUGAAACAACAGGAAUGUAUUUUACUAAUGAAGACAAAAGUGAAAGUUUACAUCAUGGUUUAAUUUUAACAAUCAUAACAUUGUCAUCUUUUCCAGAUGAGCUGUUUGUCAAACAUGAACGUUUGAGAAACAUUACUUGCACUCUACAGGAUUACAUAAUGCAUAAGUGAUGUCUCCAAAAUGCUUGUGCCCAUUUCCACUUAACUAGCUUAUGGCGAUGAUGAUAUUGCAUUUACAUCUACAGUAUAAAUUUAAAAAAGUCUUUUUUUUAUUGCUCCAUGUCAGACACGUACAAGAAAUACAGUAUUUAAAAUAGAUGCUUGCAGUCAUCUGAAAAGAACUUACUCCAUGUCUUAAACUAAACUUAAUGUGUAUUCAGUUUGUAUUCCAUAGAGCAUAGAUUCCAUACUGUGUAAUAUAAUGCUAUCCACCAAGAGAAUCAUCUCCCAUUGCCACUCCUGGUUCCUACUAUGUGCCUAUUAUAUUUUUAGGUUAGCGCCAGCAAUAUUGACCUAUCAGUCAUUGAUCCUAAGGGAGUUUAAAUAAGGCCUAAUAAUGAAUGGGAGUCACUUUCAGUUAAUUCAGAUCAUUUCUUUGUUAAAAAUCUAAAUACUACAAUCAAAAUUGUGUUUCUUAUAAAUAUUAUGUUGGUGUUGUUAAAUUCUCUUGUUUUCUUGGGUUUUUACCUGUUAAUUCAAGAGUCACAAGUACUUGUUUUUUUUAUAACAAAUGAUGCAUGAAAACGUUGAAACAUUUUUAUUAUAUUGUAUAUUUCCCAAUUAUUAAUGAAAAUUGUGAGAGAAUGUAUUAAAUAUGUGUUUGAUAACUGUU